CCCCGCCAGGAUGUCCGUGGUGCGAAGGAAAUUCGGCGACGACUACCAGGCAGUGGUGGGCGCCUCAACCCGCCGGAAGCGCCAGCGCUUUGUGGACAAGAACGGGCGCUGCAACGUCCAGCAUGGCAACCUGGGGAGCGAGAACAGCCGCUACAUCUCCGACCUCUUCACCACCUUGGUGGACCUCAAGUGGCGCUGGAACCUGCUCAUCUUCCUCUUGACCUACACCGUGGCGUGGCUGGUCAUGGCCUCCAUGUGGUGGGGCAUCGCCUACAUGCGCGGCGACCUGGACAUGCACCGGGGCCCGGAUCCAGGACACAACCCCUGCGUUGCCAACGUCUACAAUUUCCCAUCCGCCUUCCUCUUCUUCAUUGAGACUGAGGCCACCAUCGGGUACGGGCACCGCUACAUCACUGAGCGCUGCCCGGAGGGCAUCGUCCUGUUCCUCUUCCAGUCACUGCUGGGCUCCGUGGUGGACGCCUUCCUGAUCGGGUGCAUGUUCAUCAAGAUGUCCCAACCCAAGAAACGUGCUGAGACCCUCAUGUUCAGCAGGGCGGCUGUCAUCUCACAGCGGGACGGGAAGCUCUGCCUCAUGUUCCGGGUGGGCAACCUGCGGAACAGCCACAUGGUCUCAGCUCAGAUCCGCUGUAAACUCAUCAAGUCACGACAGACACCAGAAGGCGAAUUCCUGCCACUAGACCAGUGCGAACUAGAUGUUGGAUUCGGAACCGGGGCAGACCAACUGUUCCUCGUUUCACCCCUAACCAUCUGUCACGAGAUCAACGAGAAGAGCCCUUUCUUUGCCCUGUCACAAAGAUCCCUCAGGAGUGAGCAGUUUGAAAUCGUGGUCAUCCUUGAGGGGAUCGUUGAAACAACAGGAAUGACAUGUCAAGCCAGGACCUCCUACACGGAAGAUGAAGUUCUCUGGGGCCAUCGUUUCCUCCCAGUGAUGUCUCUGGAAGACGGGUUCUUCCGGGUGGAUUACUCUCAGUUCCAUGCAACCUUUGAAGUUCCAACGCCUCCGUACAGCGUCAAGGAGCAGGAGACGAACUUUGCCCUUCCGUCGCCUUUGAACACCCCUGUGGGGAGCAACCGAAGCCGAAGGGAAAAGAUCUCCUCGCUCGACGGUCUGGAUAUUUUUGAGGAGAAGAGCGGCAAGCUUCCCAGCAAAUAUCACAGACUUUGUUCGGGGAAGGAGGAUCUCCAGAGAGGGGUCUUGAGCCUUUGCUCUAGCAACGUUGAGAAAGCAUGCAGCACCGGCGACCUCCUAAAGAUCCAGCAGAUCAGCUCCGUUUGCAGCAUGGAGGAUGGCGGGGAAAAGGCCAAAUCGGCAGCCUUCAAAACCAAAUCGGAGCUUUUGGCUCGGUCCACCGGGAACCUUGAACUUCAACAAAAGCCCGCAGUCAUGCGCACCUUGGGAACGGGAUUAAACGAUCAUUUGCCUGCCAAGCUACGGAAAAUGAACUCCAGUCUCUUUACCUAAAGAUCAGCCGCAGCCGGACAUGGCUGCCUUUCAAACUCCCAAGUCUCUCGGAUUAUUACUGUGAAGAUCUGAACCAUGGCCACGCAACCAGCGCCGACCCCAUUUUAACUAGAA